AUGUCGAAGUUUUCAUAAUUUUUAGAGGACAUCAGUGAUUUCAAAGAGAGGCCUGUUAAAUUAAAACAGAUUAAAAAGGUUCUAAAGAUUAACGAGAAAAGCUUUCCUCCUUGCAAAAAUAUCUUGAACUAUUACUUCUAGGAAUUUUCAAAGUAGAUUAUAAUACUUAUAUGUAGACGCACAAAUGAGGAACAUCGUACUAAAUGGCAUAGAAAGGAUAAAAUUUUAUUUGUGUGGACAGUGUUAAAAUAUUUUGAAUUCAUAAAGAAGAACGAUCUAAACCCUGUAAUAUGAAUUUUAUACGAUAGUCUGAAGAUGAUUGGCAUUAUCUAUCAAAUGUCUUAGGAGUAACAGAACAGCUAUUGAAUUUAAAGUGGAUCAGCAUGCUCAAAACCAAUCUGAAAAUGGCCCCUUGGAACCCUGAGGAAGAUGAAAUAUUGUAAAGCUUAAUCACAGAUCCAAACGAAAAUAAAAAUUGGACUCAAAUUACCAUUGAUUUCAAUAGAAUAAAUCCUGCCAAAAUAGUUAGACAUGCUAAAUAAAUUAGAGAAAGAUGGAAUAAUUAUUUGAAUCCCGAAUUAAAAAAGUAUAAGCCAAAUUUUUAAUUAGAUCUGAAUGGUCAUAACCCGAAUAAUUACAACUAUUGUUGCUAGUUUAAGAAAUGGGAAAGAGAUGGUCCCUUAUUUCGAAAAAAAUAUCAGGAAGAACAGAAAAUUAGGUAAAAAAUCAAUACAAUUCGAUGAUGAAUACUUAUAGAAGACAAAAUGUAUGAAACACUUUAAAUCUUUAGUAGCUAGAUAAUGAGGAUAUAGCAAUUAAAAAGUUAUUGGCAAAUUUAUAAGGAAAAGACUAUGAAGGCCCUUUACCAUUGACUUGUAAACGCAUAAGAAAAACAGUUAAUAAUAACAUCAAUAAUUAAAAUUCUAAUAAUAAUAACAACAACAAUAAUAAUGCCACAGUAUAUUAAAAUACUAGUAAUGAUUAAAAGAAUAUGCAAAUAGAAAGUAAUGAAAUAAAAGAAGAGCAUUAAUAAGAUUAAUAAUUGUAAUCGCAAUAAAUUCUCUAACAAUAAUAAAUAUUAACCUAACAAUAAUAAUUGUAAUAGCAACAGCAACAAUAAUCGCUCAUGCUUGGAUUACCUGUAUUUUCUCCAAUGUUGCCUUUCUCUCCAUUACAUUAUCUAAUUAGUACUUAUUAACUUUUAUUUCUUAGAAUCGAGCCCAAACAACAUAUCCUCACCUUAUGAAAUGAGAAAUAAGAAUUAUUCUAGUUAAUUACAGCUUUUUGAUGAAUAUAUGAAAUCUACUAACAAUCUUGACUAAAGUGCCCCCCAAUCAGAGGUUCCUUGUCUAUUAAGGUUGUUUAAUUCGCCUGCAUUUAAUCAUUAAGGGUUUCCUUAUGCAACUAUGCCUUACUAAUAACCUACAUAACAGUAACCUGCAUAUAAUACAAAAAAAAUAAAUAAAAUUCAAAAAGAAUUGCUAAAAUUUGAUAAAGGAUUGAACAGAGAUUGA